AUGAGCACAGAGAUUUGGCGCUCAGACAACAUCCCAGGACACUCGGAGUCCCACCAGCUAUGCACUACGCCUACUGGACAGAACAACUGGCUAGCAGCGAAGCGUCGCACAACGCCAUCUAUCCACGCGAACGCGUCAACCGAGGGGCAGCUGCGCUCGCGCCGCAAGGCCGCCAAGAUGCUCGUGGCUGUCGUCGUCAUGUUUGCCGUCUGCUACUUCCCCGUGCAUCUUAUUUCAGUCCUUAGGUGAGUUUUAAUAUGAUCUUGAAUUUUUUCUUGUGUAAUAGACGUCAAAAUGUUUAUACUUACUACAUAAUUUUAGCUAAUACCUACAUUCCACUAUGCACAACGCAUUAUACACUUGGCCAAUUUUUUUUUUUAUAAAUGUAUAAAUAUUAUAGGACAUUAUUACACAAAUUGACUAAGUCUCACAGUAGCUCAAUAAGGCUUGUGUUGAGGGUACUUAGACAACGAUAUAUAUAAUAUAUAAAUAUUUAUAAAUACUUAAAUACAUAGAAAACACCCAUGACUAAGGAAAAAAUAUCCAUGCUCAUCACACGAAUAAAUGCCCUUACCAGGAUUUGGACCCGGGACCAUCAGCUUCGCCUACGACAACCUACAGGGUCACUACCCACUAGGCCAAACCGGUCGUCUUAACUAGGUUACGUUACCGUCUUAGAUUAUACUUAGGUACAGUCAGCAUCAAAAGUAGCGGAUCAAACAACGCUUCUAAAGUUUCUACCAUUCUGGAACAGCUUAACAAAAGUGAUGGUUCUAUAUGUAGAACAAUUUAGACUCUAAAAUAUAUACUUCUGGAUGUGAAUUUUACAGAUUUACCUACAUUUAGAAAAUUUUUUCGGAAUAUCAGAUGCUUUUGAUGCUGACUGUGCCUAUCGCGUCGAACGAUGAUUCUUAUGGAAGUUAAUUUCUAUACGGAGUAGCCGUCUUGUGAAAUCAUCGGGUGAGAAUACGUGUGUGUUAUACGCCACUUGCAGUGGUUUGGAGGAGAGCGAAACGUGGCAAAAAAAAAAUUGUUUUUAAGUUGUAUAUUUAGGAAAUGUUCAACUUAUUUAUCAUUAAGGCAUAUACAUUUAUAUACUAUUAAUUAAUUUAAUUUGUGUAAUAAUGUCGCAUAAUAUUUAUUUA